GGGGCAGCAUCUUAACCACUAGACAGCCAGGGAAGUCCCCUGGUUAGCAUUCUGAAACACUUAAGUAACUUGAAAAGUGAAAUGAAACUGAAGCGAAAGUGUUAGUCACUUGGUCAUGUCCGACUGGUGCCUACCAGGCAAACAUAUAUUAAGCAUUUGUGUUUUCACUUUGAUGUUAAGAAGAUAGCUAUAAACAUAUACAAGAUCAUUCUAACUAAACAACCAUCCACAGAAGCCUCCAUCUAAUUUCAUAUUCAUAAAUAUUUAAUAUUCAUUCACAACAACAACGGAAGCCUCAACACCAGGCUCCACCAUAUAUUUUCCUCUUUAAAACGGGUCCAUCCACUAUCUAGAUUUGACCACCUCUCUUCCUGUUGUUCUAGAAAUGAGAUGACCAGCUCUUUCAGAAUAUACAGCAACUGCCUCCCUCUGAGCAGUGCCAGGCUUAGGAGAUUUACGGUAAAGGCAUGUUUCCUAGGAGGUCAGUACUGAAAGCCAGACUCAACUGGCAGUUUCUGGGAGGGAGAAGCUCUCCACCCCGUUGCAGCAGUGUAUCUUUUCUUUGGGAGAUGUUCGUAUUGGAAAAGGCUCAACUGGGAUACUCAUCAGCAUCUCCUGUCCGUCUGGGGUUUGGCGGUGGGCAAGGAUAAAAUGAGCUGGUCCUCUCAGGGCCAUGGAAAACCUGGAGUCCAGGCUCAAGAAUGCCCCGUACUUUCGCUGUGAGAAGGGGAAUGAUUCUGUCCCUGUGUGCCAGAAGUGUGAGACGUGCGUCCUGGCCUGGAAGAUCUUCUCCACGCGAGAGUGGUUCUGGAGGGUGGGUGCUGGGUUCCAGAGGAGGUUCCUGGUGAGUGUCCUGCAGCAACUGGACAGCCUGCACUUGUUACACUACUUCCUAACCCUCCUGCAGACCAUGCAGGGCAAGGAUCUGGUCUAUCACAGGGCCCGGGUCGACCUGAGCAGGAAGGAGGGCAAGAUGAUCCGGUCCUCCUGGAAUCCAACGCUGGAUGAGAUGGUGGAGCAGAAGAUGCGGGGGGCUCUGCACUGGCUCCAGGACAGCAGCCAGCAGACGAAGGCCAAGUACACGCUCCUGCUGCUGCAGAUGUGUGACCCCGGCUUGCUGCUCACCGCCACUGACGUCAUCAGAGUCCUGUUUCUGAGAGAGUGGGGUGACGCCUCAGGGAUCGACCCAGACUUUACCAACAUGUUUUUCAUCCCUAAAGAAGGCCACACACACUCGUGUGACACCUCACAAGUCUGCUGGGCAGCCGGAACCAGGCACACAACCUUCCCGUUGUCCAAAGCUACAGGAAAAGCAAGCUUGCGUGACCUUGUGCGGGGGGGAACAGCCACUGCUGAAGUACAGUGGAAGAAUUCACUCCGGUGUAUUUCCGAGAUGAACAGGCUAUUUUCUGAAAAAACCAGUGUGUCCAAAUCAGGCUGGGCCCCGGCCACAGAUGUGCUGCUGGAUCUGGACACCGUCAGAGAACUGUCCUCUGGGGUCAGCAGGUACCGCGACUUCAUCCGCCAGCUGCCCAUCCACCUCUCCAAGUAUAUUCUAAGUUUGCUGGAUAGGAGCACCUUGAACAGGUGUAGCUUUGUGAGCCAGCACUGGGCGGCUCUGGCACAGCAAGUCAAGACCGACCUGUCCAUGCACUCCUUCAUUCAGCACCAGAUCGCCUUCCUGCAGGGGUCCUACACCAGGGGAAUAGACCCUAAUUAUGCCAACAAGGUUAUUAUCCCAGUUCCAAAAAUGACGGAUGACGGGAAGCACCUACGUGUGAAAAAUCAGAAGUGGAAACUGAGAACAAAGAAUGACUACAACCUGUGGACUGCGUACCAGAACCAGGAGACUCAGCAGGUGCAGAUGGAGGAGAGGAAUGUCUUCUGUGGCUCUUACAACAUCCGCAUCCUCUCUGACAUGUGGGACCGAAAUAGAAUCAUCCACUAUUCUGGGGGAGAUUUGUUAGCCAUGUCAUCCAAUCGAAAGAUCCAGCUUCUGGACAUCAUAUGUGUAAAGGAGAUACCCAUCAGGUUUCGAGGCCAUGCUGGGAGUGUCCGGGCCCUCUUCUUGUGUGAAGAAGAGAACUUUCUCCUGAGUGGGAGUUAUGACCUGAGUAUCAGAUACUGGGAUCUGAAGAGUGGGGCUUGUAUACGCAUCUUCAAUGGCCACCAGGGGACCAUCACCUGCAUGGAUGUGUAUAAGAACAAGCUCGCCUCUGGAGCAAAAGAUUGCCAGGUAAAAGAAUGGGAUAUAGAGACAGGGAAGUGCCUAAAGACUUUCAAACACAAAGACCCCAUCCUGGCCAUCAGGAUCAAUGACACGUACAUCGUGAGCAGCUGCGAGAAAGGCAUGGUCAAAGUGUGGCACAUGGCCACGGCCCAGCUGGUAAAGACGCUCAAUGGCCACGAGGGGGCCGUGAAGUGUCUAUACUUCGACCAGUGGCAUCUCCUGUCGGGAAGCACUGAUGGCCUGGUCAUGGCCUGGAGCAUGGUGGGAAAGUAUGAACGGUGCCUCAUGGCCUUCAAGCAUCCAAAUUGUAGGAACAGUAACUGCAAUAGGAACAGUAACAGUGAGGGGAGAGAGUACAGUUGUGUCUUGAAGGUUAAUGGUUUACAUCCAGAAUCACAAAAUGAUGGCAAACAUCACUUCAAGGACAGUCAUGAGCAGCCCCCUUCCAACCACACACCAAACUCCCUGACUGCAGACACAUCCGAGUGGUUCGCUGGAAGGAUGGUGAUCAACACGGAGAGCAACAUCCUCCUGUUCCAGUUUGAGAAUAUCAAGUGGCAGUACUCGGUGGAGCGAACCAAACAAAAGAAGAAGGACAGAGAGGAGGACAGGGAAGACAACAGCUUUGCAGAAGUCCUCUCCAAGUCUAGCACCCAGGUCUACAGUCCAAGAGAUUCUGUGUCCAGCAAGCAGACAGCCCAGGAGUCCCUAUUAAGCAAACCUCCCAGGUCCCGCAUCUUCCUGAGGGCAUCCAGAUUACCUACAGGCGUGUUAAUGGAGACACCUCCAAGUCUAGGAAAGCCAAAGUCACCCUGGAAAGAUGGCAGGAAGAGACUGGGUUCUCAGGAAGCAAACAGCAUGGGUGCCGAGCAGGAGAAUUUGGAAGCAAAACCUGUUGUCGCCAGAGAUCAGAAGACGGCAGAUGAUGUGGAGAAAUUACCAAAACAAAGGUAUCUGGGAAUUUCGGGAGACUUGAUCAGUCGCUCAAAGAAGUCCUGGAACAUUCCCAUGUCGCCUGACCAGUUCCUCCUGACCGUGAAUGCCCUGCAGAAAGCCCAUAAUUCUGGGGAAUUUGCCUAUCCCCGGAGGCCCCAGGCCCAGAUCAUCGAUGUCUGGGGACCUUCUAUUCCAUUUCCAAGGAAGGUCCUGAGUUUGAAGGGCCAAGAGGUCCAACAAGCAGUUGACCGACUGAGAUUCAGCACUCCUCCCAUAGAAGUGAAGCAGACCAGUAUUCCCCUCAAAAUCCAGAAGCUUCAGCCCAACCUGAAGAAGUCUGUACACGGCCCCCGAGUGCAGUCCACCAUCCCCCAGCCGGUGCUUAUCUGCCCCAGGUUCCGUGGUGGCUCGAAGGCGACUAGUUCAACUGACGGAGUGCGCAGCUUCAGCCCCUUAACCAGCACGCAGGUCAUCAAGCCAAACCGCAUGCUGGCUCCGCCCAUGGGCCCGGCAGCCCAGGCUGCCAAGAAAGAACGGCCCCGCUUCUACUCUGCCCUUGACCCCUUACGAGUGAACACAGAGUUCAUGCUGCUGACUGUGAAGGAGCAGAAAGAAUAUGAGGAGGCCAGGAUGAAAGAGUUUCAGGCCAUAAAGCCAGUUGGAGUGGUCGAUCCAGAAAAGGCCAGCAGAGCUUCAUGGAUCAGGAAGAUCAAAGGCCUGCCCAUCGACAACUUUACGAAGCAGGGGAAAACCGCGGCCCCUGAACUUGGUCAAAAUGUGUUUAUUUGAACCAGCCCUGGGAAAUUACACUGUCUUAUAAUAAACAGGAAACCAAGUA